CCAAGGCGCACGGUAGUUUUGGCAAGACCAGAUAAUGAUAGCACUGGGAUGAUAUAUGGCAACAAGGGGUGUCCCUCGAUGAAUAAAGGAGGAAGUUUUAGGCAGUGGUCUGGCAGGAAAGUCUAUCCGGAGUCGAAUUUCAGAGCUGGAGCAGGGAAGUGCAGUGAGUCACCGAAAGGGAGCCUGAGAGCUGCCUUUGUUCCACUUGUGCCCAGACGCUGAAGCAGGAACAGCAGGCUCCAGUUUUUAUUAACUUCUUAUUUUCAUAAGCAUAUAACUCAUGCUCACUGAACUUCUUUCUGACUUGAAGUCUUUCAAUUGACUUUCAAAAAAUGCUCUCAUGGCAUGCCUGGUGGACCUGGGACUUGCUACUACUGCUCUUAGGCUUGUCAGUCCACGUUGGUUCAGCCACUCAGAUCAUAGAAGAACGAGGCUCAAAAGGGCAUCUUGAUCUCACAGAGUUAAUAGGAGUUCCUCUUCCUCCUUCUGUCUACUUUAUCACCGGCUAUGGAGGGUUUCCAGCUUACAGCUUUGGUCCAGACGCUAACAUUGGCCGACUGGCAAGUGCUAUAGUACCACUGCCUUUCUACAGAGAUUUCGCUAUUGUAGUUACAGUGAAACCAAACAGUGAUCGUGGAGGAGUGCUAUUUGCAAUAACAGAUGCCUUCCAGAAAACUAUUUACCUGGGAAUGAGACUUUCACCGGUUGAUGACAGCACCCAGAGAAUAAUUAUGUACUACACAGAGCCUGGUUCCCAUAUUUCCCGAGAGGCUGCUUCAUUUAAAGUGCCAGUGAUGACUAACAGAUGGAACAGGUUUACAGUGACUGUUCAGGGAAAUGAAGUUGUUCUGUUCAUGGACUGCGAAGAAUAUCAGAGGGUUCAAUUCCAGAGAUCAGCUCAGGCCUUAGUGUUUGAAUCAGGCUCUGGUAUAUUUGUUGGUAAUGCAGGAGCCACAGGCCUGGAAAAAUUCACAGGCUCUAUUCAAUAUCUGACAAUCAAAUCUGACCCAAGGGCUACUGAAGACCAAUGUGAAGAUGAUGAUCCUUACGCUUCAGGAGACAUGAGUGGCAAUGGCAGCAUUCAAGAACGUGAAGGUAUUUCUGAGAUACAAGAAGUACUUGCACCUUCUCAUCUUCCCAUCAGGCCUGAAGACACAUCAGCUGAGCCAGUGGAAGCUCCUCCAACUGUAUUGUCUCAUUUGGAAGAAAAUGAUUUCUCAGGACAUCACAUAUCAGAAGAAACCACUGAACCAGCUAAAAUUAAAGAACAAGAUUCAACUGUCACAGAUGAAGAACAAGGCAACAGUGAAUCUACCUCUUUCAUACAGGAAACCUUAGGAGAAGAUGUUGGCUCUGGUGUUACUGUUUUGCCAGGAGUGAGCAAAGUGAAGGACCAGAAAGAUCAGAAAAGAGAGAAUGGGCCUACAGGAAGGCCAGGAGUAGAAGAGAUGCAGGAAAAAUAUCAAGGACCUCCUGGACCUCCAGGAAAACCUGGCCAAGAUGGUCAGCCUGGCAUUCCUGGUAAAAGUGGGUUACCAGGAAAAAAAGGACUUCAGGGGUUGCCAGGGCUGAAAGGAAAAGCAGGCCUGAAAGGAGAAAAGGGUGAUCCUGGUGAGGGAUUUCCAGGACUCCCUGGACUACCAGGACCCCCAGGACCAUUUGCUCCUUCCAGAGGAGUUAGUAUACUGGAACCUGAAGAAUCAGGUUCUGGAGACCUUGAUGGAGAGACUGAGAUUUUAAGUGGUCUUCCUGGGCCACCAGGCCCUCCAGGAUUGCCUGGUCUUCCAGGAGAACCAGGACCUGAUUCAAAUGUAGGACCUCCUGGGUCACCAGGGGAGGAUGGAGCUUCUGGAGAACCAGGCCCUGAAGGUCCUCAAGGUUCUCCUGGUCUUGAUGGAAUAGUUGGCCCACCAGGGCAGAAGGGAGAAAAGGGUGAUCAAGGUCUUCCUGGUUCUGCUGGUCCAAAGGGUGAUACUGGAAGCACUGGAUCAAUAGGCCCUAAAGGAGAAGCAGGUGCUGAUGGGCCUCCGGGGAAACCUGGACCACCAGGACCACCUGGACCACCUGGACCACCAGGACCCCCGGGUCCAAGCUAUGGUUUUGGAUUUGAGGACAUGGAAGGAUCAGGGAGUAUUGGCUUACUACGUGAAUCGAGAACUCCUGGAAUAAGAGGGCCAAAGGGUUCUGCAGGAAGACAGGGACAACGUGGACCGUUUGGACCAAAGGGAGAAAAAGGCAACAUUGGUCCACCAGGCUCAAAGGGUAUGCCAGGUACAGAUGGAAGACCAGGCUUUCCUGGCAUCGCUGGGCGUCCUGGAGACAUGGGUCCAAAAGGGGAGAAGGGUGACCCAGGACCUCAGGGUGAACCAGGACAGGAUGGGACCAGUAUUGUGGGACCACCUGGACCACCAGGGCCACCAGGACCAAUCAUAGCAAUACCUGCGCUACUACUGAAUGAUACAGAUGGAAUUUUUAAUUCCACUAGAAUUAAAGGACUGCUUGGGCCUCCAGGACCAGAUGGUAAGCCAGGUCUACCAGGAUUUCCUGGCCCUCGGGGACCAAAGGGAGAUACUGGUUUAUCUGGACCACGAGGACCUAAAGGACAACAGGGUGAAAAGGGAGAACCAGGAGCUCUCAUUACUGCUGAUGGAUCUUUAACUGAAUUGUUAGGAAGAAAAGGGCAGAAGGGUGAAGCUGGAGUGGUAGGACAGGUGGGACCAAUGGGACCAAUAGGACCUGCUGGACCCAAAGGAGAGCUUGGAUUCCCAGGACGCCCAGGCCGCCCAGGACUGAAUGGACUGAAAGGUGUGAAAGGUGAACGAGGCGAAGCAUUAUAUGGUCCCCCUGGCUUGCCUGGGCCCCCAGGGCCCCCUGGACCUCCAGGGCGUAUAGUUCGUAUCAAAGGAACAGUUUUCCCAGUCUCUCCCAGACCUCAUUGCAAAAUGCCAGUGAACACUCCUUACCCAGGAAAGCAAGAAGCUCUUAACAUCCAAGGUGCUAAAGGAAACGGAGAUUCCUGGGAAGCACACAGUUCAGCAGACAUAAAAGGAGAAAAAGGAGACACAGGUGCUCCAGGACCACCAGGUCCACCUCUGCCUCCAUCAUAUUUCAGCCACUUUAUUAAUAGCAUAAAGGGUGAAAAGGGAGACAAUGGAGAACCUGGUGUAAAAGGAGAAAAAGGAGAACCAAAUGGAGGUUUUUUUCUGACAGGACCUCCUGGACCGCCUGGAAGACCAGGAUUAGUUGGACCAAAAGGGGAUUCAGUUGUUGGACCCAGAGGACCUCCUGGAUUACCUGGCCUACCUGGCUUACCAGGUUAUGGAAAAACUGGACCUCCUGGCCCACCUGGCCCACCAGGACCACCAGGACCCCCUGCAAUAUAUGGCUCAGCAGCUGCUAUUCCUGGGCCACCAGGUCCUCCAGGAGAGCCAGGGUCACCUGUGACCAGGAAUCUGGUUACAACGUUCCGCAAUGUCAAGGGUAUGUUGGAAAAGGUCCAUUUAGUAGCAGAAGGUACCCUAAUCUAUCUGAGUGAAACCAGUGAGGUUUUUAUCCGUGUUCGAAAUGGAUGGAGAAAAUUGCAGCUUGGUGAGUUAAUUCCUAUCCCUGCUGACAGCCUUCCACCUCCAGCCAUAUCAAGCCAUGGAUUUCAGUCUCUUCCAGCACUGAGUCCAAUUUCAAAUAUGAAUAAUGGAAAACCAGCACUGCAUCUGGUGGCUUUAAAUUUGCCAUUAGCUGGUGACAUGCGAGCAGAUUUUCAGUGUUUUCAACAGGCACAGUUAGCAGGUUUGACAUCUACUUACAGAGCCUUCCUCUCAUCACAUUUGCAAGAUCUGGCCACAGUUGUGAGAAAAACAGACAGAUACAAUUUACCAAUAGUCAAUCUUAAGGGAGAAACACUUUUCAGUAACUGGGAAUCCAUUUUUAAUGGGAACGGAGGACAAUUCAACCCUCAUGUUUCAAUAUACUCAUUUGAUGGGAGAAAUGUCAUGACAGAUCCAUCUUGGCCUCAAAAAGUAAUAUGGCAUGGUUCAACUGAAAAUGGGAUCCGACUGGUUAGCAACUACUGCGAAGCCUGGCAUAGAGCUGAUAUGGCAGUUAUGGGACAAGCAUCACCGCUGAAGACAGGGAAACUUCUUGAUCAGAAAGCAUAUAGCUGUAGUAAUCAGUUUAUCGUUCUUUGUAUUGAAAACAGUUUUGUAUCUGAUACCCAAAGAAAAUAAUUUACCUGUUGCACAUAAGAAUAUUCCAUUUUAUGACAUAAAAAGCUGACACUGAAACUUAAUUUGUAAUGAUGUAAAUAUUCUAUAUUUUGUAAUUGCACAUUUCAGGAAAAUAUAACCAAAAAUAUACCUCAACACAAACAGUAUUCCAGCUGGGUGGAACAUCUAGUGUGUGUGAGGCUGACUUAAAGCUCUUCCUUCCACUUGAACUCCACAGGAGGUAGCAGAUUCACCAACAGUUAACUCGCAGCCCCUUGCCUUUCUGGCUGAGCCGAAGAUCACUUUAGGCGCUGGCCAAGGAUGGUCCGUGAGGAAAAUCCCAUAGCCUGUCUUCUGAACAGUACGGCUCAGUGAGGCUGCUGCUUAUUCACAGUUGAGAAACUGCAUGCUCUUCCUGGUUCUGAAGGAUGAAUUUCACAUCCCUGUCUCCCCUCUUUUCGCUUGCCUAGAUUUUGAAUACCCAAGGCACUAUUCAUAUAUAAGAAUGUACACAUAUUAUCUCUGAAUGAAUAAUGGUAGGCUGUUAAAUCUGUCAAAGAUGGAAUUUUUAAAAGAACUUUAAUAACAUAGGUGCUCACCUCCUUUGCAUUUCAGUGGAAGCUGAGUACCUAACUCCUGGAAGCUUAUACAGAUUGCAGUCUAAGUGCUUACAUAUGACUUUAGAGGCUUGAUGUCUUAUUUCCACUUUUUCUUUGUAGAUUCUUUGCAUAGGGCUUUAUGCAGGAGGAGCGAAUUUCACCUAGACAAAAUCUGGUCCUUAUUUUGGUGCUAUUGUCAUCAGAAAGCCUGAAGCAAUGUUAAUAAAAAACAUCCUGUUUUACUGGCAGAACUGUGUAAAGUAAAUGCAGACAAAAGAACCAUCUGACCUUUAUUUAUUGCAUUGCACACUAGAGGAAGUCAUUUCCUGUUGUGACAGACACUGCUGAAUGAAAGAUGCCUGUCAUGGUUUCUUUAAAACAGGUUUUAGACAUUGUUAUCCCAUUAAGUUAUAUAUAAAGUGACUUUCCUUUUUGUGAAUUUAUCCUUCAGGUGUUCACAUAAUGAAAGAGUUGUUAAUAUAAACUAACAGCAGUAGUGACAGGAAUGGUCAGUAAAUGCUAAUACUCUUCAUAAACAGUAUCACGGUAAUAUUUUGAGUCUCUUGUUUAUAUUUUCCUGGUAUAUACAUUAAGCAAAGUAUUUACCUAUAUUUUAACAGGCAGUAAUAAUGCAAGUCAAUAAUCAUUUACCACCAAAUAGAAUAUUAAAUUACUAGAUAGCUACUUUCAAAGAAAAAAAAAAAAGCCAGAUCACCCUUAUUACACUAAACUGAUUUAAUUGUUAUAUAACAUAAUAAUGUGAAAUUCAGGUUUACUUUUCCAAUUUAACAUAAAAGCUUAUUUCCCAGGGUCUACUGAAUUGUAUCUUUUCUUUCUUUUCUUGGAAAAUUCAGAAUUCUGUUAUUAAAACAUGUUAAUGAGGCUAAGUCAAUUUAUAUUACAUUUGAACUGUAUGCAUAACAAUUCACUGCACUUACUUAUUUAUAGUCUAUUCCCACAAAAUGCUGAGCACUCUUGUGAAAUAUAAGGUUCCUUUAGUUUCCACAGCUGAAAGAGUGGAACAAAAGGUUCAGGAAGGGCAAUAAAGUGUUUACACUCUUCGGCAAAAGCCAUCUACCUUAAUUGUUGGCAAACCCUCAAUCUGUCAAAGGCAGGGAUAACAUGCAUUUAUGCUUGCUAGUAAUUACUUGCUCUUUCACUCUUGAGCUGGAGCCAGCAGUUACUUGUGAGCUGGCUAUUUCCUUGCCUAGAACUGUAGCGACAAGGGAGAGAAUGAGAGAUGUGACCACACGGAAGAGCUGAAGGGGAGAGAGAAGGGGACUAAAAAUACAUGCAGUUUUUAGGAGAUACCGAUCUAGAAUUUAGUCCAGACCCAGCAAAAUACGUGCAGAAUUCUGUUUGUACAGAUCAUUUCACAGCGCUAACUUCUCUUUGUACCCUGGAUAGCUGCUUGGACUUGGCAGGGAACUGAAAUGGUUAACAGUGUCCAUGGGAUCUUAAGGAAAUCUUAAUGAUUACUUUCCCCACCUCUACUAUUAAUAAGGCUACAGGAAUCUAUUGUACAGUCUUCAGUUUAAUACAGAGCAUGAACUAUGCAUCAUCUGUGCCACUGCCGUGCUGGGUAUACUUACUGUGCUAACACAUACCACAGCAAAGGAGCUACCUGAUCCCAGAAAGACAUGAGAGAGCUGUUAGUAAGCAGAAGAUUGCCUGUAGAAAAAAAAAAUCUUCUGUCAUUCUAACUAGAGCCAGUGAGGCUCUUCAUACUCCCUGGUGUAACCCCAGAUAAACAGUAAUGUUUGUCAAGAAUAUGACAGCGACAAAUUUAGCUCAGUUUUUAUAAGAAAUUAGCCUUCCCUUUAAAGACAGAAUUUUUUUGCAGUUGGACCUUAUCCUAACAUACAGAGUGGGUGUACCCAAGGAAAAACGUUUGCUAAUUCAUGUAAGAAACUGUGUAAGGCAAAUGAAUCACCAACACCAGCAUCAGAGCAAAGUUAUUGUAAAGUAUAACUGCAAUAGAAGCCAAUGUAAAAUGAGAAAAUGAAAUUAGAGUAUCACCUUUCUUUAAGAGAAAGUCUUUGGUUGAUAACAUCCAUCUGUUUUGAAGCUUGGCCCUUUAAAAGAAAGAAGUUAACAUAUUGUAACUACACAGGUGAAAAUGUUUAAAACAUCAAAACUCCAGGGCCUAACUGAUGAAUAUUAUACUGCUCUGAAUAAAGGGUUUCUUGAAAUAAACACAGCAGACUCAUUUCAGCUACUGAAAUAGGUAUUUCUAGAAAUCAGAUUGGUAGAUUUGUUAUUAUAUAAAUUGUAGGUGCAAGCUAAACUAACAAAUGCCUGGUUUAAAUAAAGAGGAAUCCAUGCUGGGAUUUG